CCAAAAAAAAUGUUUUUGCCUAUAUAAAGAAAACGUAACUACAACUUAAAGCAGUAUUCAUGUGCUGCUGGUUCUGACUGUAGAAACAGUGUAGCAGAAGUCAUCUCUGCUCCGGCCAAGUCUCCCAACGCCCUUCUGCUUCUUUACAGGUCUGCUGUUUUAGUAGCCAGAACCAGCAGUGCAAGCAUAGCAGCUGAUGCAUUGUGUGUGUAACCUGUACAAACAACUGUAAAACUAUUGUGCAGUUUAAUGCAUAUUUAAAAGUUGCUUAGUUGCAUUUCCAUUAGGCAAAAUUGUAUUCCAUUAUCUCAGACAUCUAUCUUGAUGAUCUGAUUUUGUUUAUCUGUGACAAAUAUUCUCCAACAGCAAGUAUAUACAUAAUAUUCUUUCCCACAAAGCUCAAAAAAGUAAUAGAAUCAUUAUUUUUCUUCCUGAUAGCAAUAAUGCCCUAAAUCACCCACAGAGAACAGUAUGUUUAAUUAUUUAUAAUCAUGUUAGUUCUGCAAUGCCUUUUUUUUUAUACCCCCACUGAGUUUCACAUUUCUGGUUUUGCAAGUUUCCACCCCCCAAAAUCCUGUUGUUACUAAACUUUUACUACCACCACCCUUGCUUCAAUGUUGUGACGAAUACAGUUCUCAUUUUUCGCUAUCAACAGCUUUUUUGUUUUGUCCUCUCAUUGCUUUUUUUAUGCAUUAUCAUUUAUGUUAUAUUUAUACUGCACUACUUGAACAUGCAGCACUGUACAGUAUAUUGUCAUUCACUGUUCUAAGCCUAGUGGUAAACUUAUUGAGUUUACAAAACAAUACUGUUGUUUUAUGACCGGUUACAAUUAACUUAACCUGUAAGAUUACCUCAGAUGCCAUACUAUGCUGGAAGGCUCUGCUGAAAGUACUUUAACUAGGAUGGUGGUUCUGAUUAUCCUGGUUCUUUCUUUAUCUGUCUAUGAGCACCUUUGAUGUAACAGUUUCUAACAGGUUAUUUUCACCUGUUGAUCUUGCUGUCCGUGUGUCCCAAGGGAUCAGUCUUAAUCUAAUGUCAAAGUAUUUUCUUUGCCAGUGGAUAAAAGGCCAAAAUGGUCCACUGACAAACUAUGUGUAUGCAGUAGCAUGAAUGGCAUUAACCUGUCAAUGGGGGAAUUUUUGCUAAAAAAAAACAUUGAAGGCUGGAAGAUCCAUGUGCACAGUUACAGGCGGAUGCCAUACUCGUCAAUGACCAUUGUGAAUACUUCCCAACUGUCCCGUUUUUGACAGCUCAACCCGCAGUCCCAGCAAAGAGGAGAAGCUUUGGGGAAACAUGUCAGACUCUAAAUACUUUACCACCACUAAGAAAGGUGAGAUCUUUGAGCUAAAAGCAGAACUGAACAGUGACAAAAAAGAAAAGAAGAAAGAAGCUGUUAAGAAAGUUAUAGCCUCCAUGACAGUAGGGAAAGAUGUCAGUGCCCUGUUCCCAGACGUGGUGAACUGUAUGCAGACAGAUAACCUGGAGCUGAAGAAGUUGGUAUACCUUUAUCUGAUGAACUAUGCCAAGAGUCAGCCAGACAUGGCCAUCAUGGCUGUGAACACAUUUGUUAAGGACUGUGAAGAUCCAAAUCCUCUUAUCCGUGCCCUGGCAGUGCGAACUAUGGGCUGUAUUCGUGUGGACAAGAUCACAGAGUACCUGUGUGAGCCACUUCGCAAGUGCCUGAAAGAUGAGGAUCCAUAUGUACGCAAGACUGCUGCUGUGUGUGUGGCAAAACUACAUGACAUCAACGCUCAGCUAGUGGAAGACCAGGGAUUCCUUGACACCUUAAAGGAUUUAAUAUCUGACUCAAACCCCAUGGUUGUGGCUAAUGCCGUGGCAGCUUUGUCUGAGAUAGCAGAAUCCCAUCCAAACAGCAAUCUGCUAGACCUAAACCCACAGUCUAUAAACAAGCUUCUGACUGCCCUAAAUGAGUGCACAGAAUGGGGUCAAAUAUUCAUCCUGGACUGUCUGGCAAACUAUAUCCCAAAAGAUGACCGUGAAGCACAGAGUGUAUGUGAACGUGUUACUCCACGACUCUCCCAUGCAAACGCAGCUGUGGUUCUUUCUGCAGUGAAAGUCCUGAUGAAGUUCAUGGAACUACUGUCAAAAGACUUAGACUAUUAUGGUACACUUCUAAAGAAGCUGGCUCCACCCCUGGUAACUCUACUUUCUGCAGAACCUGAGCUGCAGUAUGUGGCAUUGCGUAACAUCAACUUAAUUGUCCAGAAACGAGCAGAGAUCCUUAAACAUGAAAUGAAAGUUUUCUUUGUAAAAUACAAUGACCCAAUAUAUGUGAAAUUAGAAAAAUUGGACAUUAUGAUUCGACUGGCAUCACCAGCAAACAUUGCACAGGUUCUUGCUGAGCUGAAGGAAUAUGCCACAGAAGUGGAUGUGGACUUUGUCCGCAAAGCUGUAAGAGCAAUUGGACGUUGUGCCAUCAAGGUGGAGCAAUCUGCAGAGCGCUGUGUUAGCACCUUGCUUGAUCUCAUCCAGACCAAAGUCAAUUAUGUAGUUCAAGAAGCCAUUGUGGUGAUAAAGGACAUUUUCAGGAAGUACCCAAACAAGUAUGAAAGUGUCAUAUCAACUUUAUGUGAGAAUCUGGACUCUUUGGAUGAGCCAGAGGCUCGUGCUGCUAUGAUCUGGAUUGUGGGGGAAUAUGCAGAGCGCAUAGACAAUGCAGAUGAGCUACUAGAGAGCUUCCUAGAAGGAUUCCAUGAUGAGAGCACUCAGGUCCAGUUACAACUUCUUACAGCUAUUGUGAAGCUUUUCUUGAAGAAACCAACUGAGACCCAGGAACUCGUGCAACAAGUUUUGAGCUUAGCAACACAGGAUUCAGAUAAUCCAGAUCUUCGGGAUCGUGGCUACAUCUACUGGAGGCUGCUGUCCACUGACCCAGUUGCUGCUAAAGAAGUUGUCUUGGCAGAGAAGCCAUUAAUUUCUGAAGAGACUGACCUUAUUGAGCCCACUUUGCUAGAUGAGCUUAUCUGUUACAUUGGUACAUUGGCUUCUGUCUACCAUAAGCCUCCUAAUGCCUUUGUGGAGGGAAGCAGAGGGGUUGUUCCUAAGAGACUGCCACCACGCACUGGCUCGAGCGAGAGUGCAGAAAGUCCAGAGGCAGCACCUGUAGGUGUUCCCACAGAAAGUCAUCCCUCUAUCAUUCCAUCACAAGGAGACCUUCUGGGGGAUCUCCUAAACUUGGAUCUAGUUUCACCCAUUACUGGACCUCCACUUCCUACAAGUUCUGUUCCCUUAGGAGGUGUGGACUUGCUUGGUGGAGGACUAGAUAGCUUGUUGGGAGGAGACACAAGUGCUGGUUUGGGGCUUCCUACAGGUUUCAUGGCUCCCCCAGUGGCUUCCAAUCCUCUUGGCCCAUCUCUUGGGGGUGGCCUGGGAGAUCUCUUUGAUCUGGGUGGUGGAACAGGAGUGGUCACUGGACCGUAUGUAGCUCCAAAAGCAGUAUGGUUGCAUGCUAUAAAAGGGAAAGGCCUGGAAAUCAGUGGUACCUUUGCUCGAAGAUCUGGAGCAGUGUUUAUGGACCUGGUGUUUACCAAUCGAGCACUCCAGGUCAUGAGUGACUUUGCUAUUCAGUUCAAUCGCAACAGUUUUGGGCUGGCACCUGCUGCUCCUCUUCAAAUUCUCACUCCCUUAGCACCAAACCAGUCUACUGAAGUCUCUCUUCCACUAAACACAAUUGGCUCUGUCAUGAAAAUGGAACCUCUUAACAAUCUUCAGGUUGCUGUGAAGAACAAUAUAGAUGUAUUUUACUUCAGUGUCUUGUUCCCUCUACACAUACUAUUUGUAGAAGAUGGAAAGAUGGAACGUCAGAUGUUUUUGGCCACAUGGAAGGAUAUACCAAAUGAGAAUGAGGCACAGUUUCAAAUAAGAGACUGCCCCUCAAGUUCAGAUGCAGUCAGCAACAAGCUGCAAGCCAGCAAUAUCUUCACUGUGGCCCGAAGAACGGUGGAAGGUCAAGAUAUGCUGUACCAAUCAAUGAAGCUCACCAAUGGCAUCUGGGUUUUAGCAGAAGUGCGAAUGCAACCUGGUAGCCCCAACUGCACACUGUCCCUAAAGUGCUGUGCGCCUGAAGUAACCCAGUUCAUCUUCCAAGCUUACGAGACUGUUGUGAAGAAUUAAGUAUUAUCCUGAUCCCGGUCUGCCAUCCUAUCUGGAUGAUGGAUGUAGUUCUUUCUGCACAGAGGUUGAAUGUACCAGGAGGGGACCUCUGGGAAAAGAACCAACCUACUUUUCAAUCAAAAAACUAAACAUGGACCAAAUCAUGAAGUGUUGAUUUUAUGCUAUUUGCACCAUCACCUACCCAACAUUUUAAGCCUUUAUUUUUCUGGGAUGGGUAGAAAUUGGAUUAAGAUACAUGUCCUGUUCUUUUUUUUUUUUAGUAGGUUUGGUGGAGCUAUCUGCUUGUUUGAUAUCUUUUAAGAGAUGGAUUGUACUGUUUCUUAUUAACUUAAACUGGAGUACCUUGGAUAAAAAUGUAUGUAUAUAAAAAAAAAACUUUUAA